AAUCCAAUCCAUCGACUCUCUGAUUGAGAAAACAGGCAAAGAGAGAUGUCUCAUUCUAACACCAAUCGGCAACAUGGCAACGCCAGGAAAAAUCCCAAAACCCAAAAGAUAUUCGUUCCCAAGAAUCCUCCUAACCAAACCCCUACGCCCACAUCCCUUUCUUCCUCCCUCAGGCAAUCCCUUUCGACGCAAACAGAUGCCUCAUCAUCUAGCAGUGGCGGCGCUACCUCAGCCUCCACGAGUAGGGUGCGGGGGGGAGAGAGCGGAGACUGGGUACCGAGCAGAAGAGGACCGUCUGGUCAUAGUGGCAAUUUCGUGAACUACUUGCCUCAAGAUGAGGCAGUGGCCGCAGGUCUCGGCGCCCAUGAAGGAGGACUGGAUCCAGUGGAGUCGCAGAGAGUGGUUGAUCUCUUGAAUAGAGAGUUGUCUCGUUUGCUUAAACUGACCCCAAGAGAGUUCUGGAAAGAAGUGGCUACGGAUACUUCUUUGCAUGAAUUUCUGGAUAGUUUCUUACAAUUUAGGAGCAGAUGGGAUCCGGGUGCUCGGGCUGCUGAUAGUCUAAGUGCAAAAGAUCAUGCAGUCCUUUUGCAGGAAAAGAAAUUACUUGACUUGCCCAAGUUAUUGGACAUAUCUGCCAUUUAUGGUCAUGAAAAUGAAGAUCUGACCAAAUUGCUGGUUGAGAAUGUGGUGAGAGCCCAGCCUACCAUUCAAGACAAUUUGGCUGGAGUAUUGUCUCAUUUCUUAAGUAUUAACCACACCAUGCAUCAGCGCUGCAGCUCAUCUUUGGAGGUCCUAUUUUCUUCUGGAAGUUGUGAAGACCAUGAGGCUAAGCAGCUUCACACGGAUUUUCUGGAGGUCAUGGACUUCAUCAAUGAUGCCGUUGUGUCCAUGGAUUCUUUGGUUGCUGCAUACAAACCUGCAGCUGUGUUCUUCUCCUGCUCUGCUGAAAUGAGUUAUGGGAAUGAGGAAUUGCUUACAACACUUGCCUGUUUGCAUGAUUCUUUGCUUCCAUCUUUACUACGAGGCUUUAGAAGUAUUUUGACUUCCAAAGAUGAAGGCAUGACAGAUAUUGCUAUAAGUUUAAAGAUGUUAUCUACCAGAAUUGUUAAAUUUGGUUGGAAACUGUUGGAUCUUUGCUAUCUCAGUGAUGAGGUUUUUGAAGGUGACUUUCCCAUUCCAUCAGUAACAAAAAUGUUUCCUGCCAAAGUAGAGGAUCCAUUCAUAAGAGCAGAUAUUCUGAUUCAAACUUUUAGGGAGAUUAAUGGAGUUUCACUGCAAUUUAUGGAGAACCAGAAUAGAGAUACUUUCCUUCAGGAUGUUGAAAAGAAACACAAUGUAAUAAGCAAACUUGAAAGCCUGCAGGAUAUUGGAUGGAUAUACAUGGAUGAUGAACAAUUUCAGUAUCUGUCUGGAAUUAUGAUCCAUUCAGCAAAAGGCAUUCCUCAAGAGCAAACCAUUGUGACAACCCCUCAGAUGAAUAAUAAAGUAAAGAUGGAUGAAGAUGCUGCAAUUGUGGUGUCUAAAAUCAGCCAAAUAAAGGAUCUAUUCCCUGAUUAUGGUCAAGGAUUCAUAGCUGCAUGUCUUGAAGUUUAUAACCACAACCAAGAAGAAGUUAUUCAGAGGAUUCUCGAGGGGACUCUUCAUGAAGAACUGAAGCACUUGGACCCUUCUUUGGAAACAAUGCCAUUGCCCAAGUCGUCAGCUUUGGGCAGAAAUGAAUCAAAUGAUAAAGGGAAAGGUAAGCUACUUGAUUCUGUAACUCUACCCUCUACCAAGGCUGUGGGCGCAGUUAGGGAACAUAAAGUUGGUGGGCCCUCCAUCUCAUCCUCAUCCACUGUAGGGAGAUUUGUUAGGAAGUCCAAAGAUGACUUGCCUGAGCAUGCUACUCUUGAUAGCAAGGAGGGAAAUGAUGCAGUAAGAAAAACUGCUCUGAUUGCUCAGUAUGAAUAUGAAGAUGAGUAUGAUGACUCUUUUGAUGACCUGGGUUUAAGUCUUGUGGAGUCAGGUUUUGAGGAAAGUGAGAUGCUAAAUGAGAGAUUUAGCUCAAAUAUUGGGAAAUCUGUGGGUUCAGAAUCUGAACCUUCAGCUAGUUCAAAAUGGGGUUCCAGGAAGAAGCCUCAAUACUAUGUCAAGGAUGGUAAAAAUUAUAGUUACAAAGUUGCUGGGUCAGUUGCUGUUGCGAAUGCCAAUGAAGCUUCAUUAGUUACUCAAGCUCAGGGAGAAUUAAUAUAUGGCCUUGGACGUGGUGGUAACCAUCCUUUGGGUGCAGUUAAGAAGUUGAUGGAGCAUCAGGAUCAGAACAGCCAGCCUGAUGUUUCUGAGACAGGAGGGAGAGGUAAUGUGCGAGAUCCCAGAGGCCGGGGAAAGAGGGGUGGGGGACAGCAAAGAGAGCCCCAUGAGGAGCAAGAUAAUCAAUUCGAGGGAUCUGAAGUGGUAGGUAGAGGGAACGUGGGAGGUCACAGGGGCAGGGGAAGAAGAGGAGGAGGAAGAAAUCACUACCGGAAGGAUAGGGCCAUGAGUAAGCACUUCUCUGGGUUGGGUGGUUAUUAGACAGGUUGAAGUGACACACUAGCACUAGCCACUUGCGUUUUGCUAUAAUGCUAUACAAAAAUUUCCCCCAAAACAAUAAGAUAAAUAUUCUACUGGAAACAACAAACGCCUGUAUGGUGAGUAUUCCCGACUCUAUGCCGGCAGCGCUUGUUUGUUAGAGUAGAUGGAUCUGUUCAAGUUUCAGAGUUCAACACAGAAAAAUUUUCAUUUUGCUUUGGAAACUUUAUUUUUUUUUUCCUGAAGUUUGUUUUGGUAAAGUGUUGAUCAUACUUCAUGAGGGUUUCUCCUUUGUCGGUUUGUCCUCUGUCUAAAUAGAAAAAUCUCUAAUGC